CACGUGGUUCAGCACCACGCACCUCCGCGUGUAAAAAGAACUCAAAUCCUCGAGAUGAAGCAAUGCACCUCAGAUAGUACUACGGGGACCAUGAGUGUUGCCCCCGCAUGAAGAUGGUCACCUCCUCAGGGCUGGUAGGAGGUCUACUUAUAGAGAUCGAUGAGUAUGAAUGCAAACAAAGCGCUUGUGAUCAAAGAAAUAGAGAGCUUUUCGAGCACAAUGUCGGGUCACCACGCGUACUUACUUACACUGCAGAUUUUCAAUCGAGGACCCACCUAUAACAAAAUUUGACAAGCAAUAUGCGCUACAGUGACUGCUCCGCCACGACCCACUGUGGUUACAUUUGAAGGACGAGAUUGGAUUCCGAUUGUCUUCUUUCUUCUGGUGUAGUUCUCGGUUUGGACAGUACGCCGACGAAGAUGCACCUCUAGCUCUACAACCUCUUACCCCCCAGGAGCUCCGCUCGAGAAUACGUGGCUCCGAUCUAUACAGGCGAGUAGUUGUAGGGAAAAAAUCAUUAUCUUCAAACGCGCUGGAGGACGAGGAGGUGCUCCUGCUCCGUCCCGUUCUUUGUAUUCCGGUCUAGCUGCUGGUGUCACGAGACUUGGACGUCCACACUUCUGGUCCUCGCGCAGGAUCAAUCUAUCAUCUUUACCAGCGGGCGAACUUCUAGAUCACGACCCCGUUCUUGACCACCGUCGCUGUAGUAAGUACUACCAUCUGCCGCGCCAUCUACUUUUCACUACGAACGACCCGAGAUCUUCUGACGAGCGGUCUUCUGGACGACUUCGUUCUCCUGCCUCUCCGGUGGGUGGCGCUGCAGCUGGUUUUCUUUGUGCACUACAGUUCUCUCUGCCUCUGGUCCUGUUUCUUUUCAAGACCGAUCUCUUGCUGGAGGAGCCCACCAUCGGGACGACCGCCAUGCCGUGCCUCCAGGCGUCCAAACCCACCUACAAGGAGCUGGAACUGCAGUGCCGGAAUUUGGAGGCCGAAUUAUCCCGCUGCGUAAAAACCUCAGCGUCCCCGCCCCAGAGUCAUCUUCACGAUCAUGGGAACAAAUCGAGCGUUCUGGUGCGAGUCACGCAUGUUUGACAUCCGUAGGUGGAAAGGAUAGACGAGGUUAUGAUUUUUGGAAAUUCAAAUUGUGGCAUGAAUGCGUCAACCACAAAAUGUAAAUGGCUCUUUAUUCAAGAAGGAAUAUAUAAGUCGCAACAUGAUCCGACACUUGCUGCGCAUCAUGGUGCUAGAUCUCCAUGACAGCUCUGGCGCGGGUAAAAACUGCGUUUUUGCACAGGAUACGAACUUGCUGCUGUAUCCAGUGACCGGGACAACAAAGCGGCGGAGGUGGAAGAUCAGGUGUCAUGGCGAUGAAUAAUAAAGCUACUUACCACGAGGAGACAAACGCAAAGGGAAAAAAUACUUCUUGCGAACAAGUGCAACAAUGUCCUUAGCACGAUUUGAAUGAAGAUCAUACUUUUGGAAAAAAAUCAACACAAAACAGAGAGCGGCCUGCCAGCUGUACCACGACGAAUGGGCGAAAGGCCAGGAAGUACGAAAAUUUGACAAAAACAGCGCACCAGAACAACAAACUCGGAUGUCUUGAGGAAGAUUAUCGUCACGCAUUGGCGCUGCAUGUGAAUGUGCAUGAUGCAUGAUGCAUCAGUAUUCGAUUCCUACGGAUGAAUUUGGAUUUUCUUGACAUAAGGUUAAGGUUCCAUUUGAUUUUGAUGCAUCAUCAUGCACUAGUACGUUGCACUAUUUGCUUCCGCAUUUAUUUUCCGGGUCGCGGUUGCUUUUUUCCCUCGAUUCCAGGAGUUCAAAACCUUGGAAAACGAAAAAGCCCAACUCGUUGCGGAAUGCGAUAAUUUGGUACGAUUCUUUUCAAGCUGACAUUCCUAAACGGCGCCUGUUUUUCUCUCAUACUUAUUGUUUCUGGUGACACAAUGAACCGACACUGUAGUUGUUGUUUCUUCUGAUUUGUCCGCAGUCGCGCUUCCUCAUCCUCUGUGUAGUAAUUCUCAACAUUAUCCCUCUCUUGUUCUCAAGAUUCCUUUAUUGCUCGAGCUCCUUGCUGUUGCUUCUUCAUCUUGCUUCUCCAUGAAAUCAUCACGAAAAAUAUUUUAGGUGAAGUCCACCGCUGCGGCGGCCGCCACGCAGGCAAGCCUGAAGCAGAAGCUGCAGAAGCAGAAAGAGUGCAUCACCAGAUACGAAGAUCGCAACGCGGAGCUAUCGCAGAAAUGUGACGAGUUGAAGUAUGCAUGUGGAGAUAAUGUGCACUAUUUUGUCGAAUCGAAGCAAAGCAAGUCAAGCACAAGCUCCAGACGAGUCACGACCAAUCGGCUUUGUCAUGCGGAAAAUUGAAGAUGCAUUCGAUUCUGAAUGUCGACUCGUCUGGUGUUCUGACUGUCCCUAAAAAAGACUGUGUUUUGUUUGGGUUGAUUCGAAAGUUUUUCUGUGGACAGAAAAAAGCAGCUGGACGAGCAGGACGAAUACAUAAUAAGCGUCGAGUAUCGCAAGGAAAAAUCCGCAUCUUGUUCACGGUCAGCCUACUUGUGUAUUCAAAAAUCAACUACACUUGCAGUUUCUGCUAAAAAUGCAUGAAGCAGGACGAGGCAUGGCAAAUUUUAUGGGUCAUGCGUACCUCCGAACAACUUAUCAAACACCAGAGCCUGCUGCAAAAUCGUGAUUGACAUUGCCGCCAGAGUUGCACUUAUUUUUUCGUGCGAUAUCUUAAACGAACGCGACGAACUUUGGGCGAAAGCGAACGUCGAGCCCGGGACACUAUGCAUUGUAAAGAUGUCUGCUCUCUGGGCCUGGAAACUUGUGAUGCUCGUCUCUACAGGCGAAUCGAACUUCAUUUACGUCUUUAAGCAUGAAAAACUUUCUGACGGGUGGUCCUAGAAAUACAAAAUGCCUAGCUAGCGUGAAGAAGAAGACUGAGAGUCGCGCUUACUUUUGCAUGAGCAUAACGACAACAUGCUGGGAAUGGGAUGUGGCGGUGAGAUCAUCCGCUUCACGCAUCACAGAUUGUGGCCUCUUUCGAGGAAUACAUGUUUUCCGUAAAAAGACCCAGACAUGUUUGCAUCUGAUAAGCGCCGCCACCCGACAACGUCGAUGUUGAGGAUCAUGAUGGAGAGCAGCAGCAGUGCCCGAGCGACUUCUUCCGCACGUUGCAGAACAAAGACGCUGCCGGCGGCAGUGGGACGAGUGCGAGCAAAACGGCCGGGGCCGAAGUACAACCAGUAGAAGUUGUGCGCGAACUGCAAGAGAAGCUGGCAAAAGCGGAAAAGGACGCGGCCAAGUGGCAUGCGGGCUGCCUCAACUGGAAGGAGUGCGCGGAAGCGGGGCGGAGAGAAAAAGCGGACGUUCAGAAAAAGCUCGACGAAUUGAAAGAAAAGCGCGACGUAGACUUGUCAGGUAUAGAACAGAAAUGAUCAUGUUGCGUUCGUGGCAUUUAUUUUGCCGGCCGUGCUGGCCGGAUCAAUAGUACUACAAUGCGAUUGCUCGUUCUCCGCUGCUGCGGCAUAAAGCAAAAAUCGCUAGCAAUUUCUGUUUUGAGGUUUUCCAUUUCUUUUUUCGGUUAUCCACUUAUAAUCUUUAUCGACUUGCAACACAUCAUCAUUUGACCCUCCUUGCAGGUAUCCUUUCCGACUUCAAGCAGCAUGAGCAAGACCGCGACGUCCAAUGGCAGGGCCUCUGCGCGCACCUGCAGAAGCAUAUCACUUGGGAAACAAAGUUCUGGCUAGCACGAGACAGAACAUACUUUUCAAACAGAAACAAUUGCGUUUGAUCUCGUAAGCACAUCUGCGUCUGCGUCUGCUUCCUUUCUUUGGCAACAUGGUAACCAGCCCCCAGCUCUUCUGCAUUUCGAUGUACUAUGAUUUAUCAAAAGAAUAAUUUUGAGAACGAGCAGAUGAAAAAGACGGGUAUUGUAAUGCAUUGUUGUAUUUUCGCUUCACUCAGGUUGUUGUAUUUUCGCUUCACUCAGUCUCAGGCCCCGGGAUUUGUUUCACUUGGGAAUAGGCAAGGGAGAUCUUCCGUCCCGAAGCAGAGAGCGUCGUGUUCGAUGCACCCAGACAGCUUGGCAGGGCGAGGCUCCGGAUUUCGCACUAGGUUUCGGCGGUGCAUAGGCUUCACAAGGGGCUUUUCUGGUGGUAAUUGACCCGCCAGGCCCAGCGCGCGAUUAUGGUGCUAGAGGCUAAGGCCAGGUUAAGGAAGGUGUUGGUUUGUUUUGCUAACAUUCCCGCUCCGGUAUUCAAUUGUUUGUGCUUCGCCCGGGGAUGCUUGCCUACUGGCUACAGGAGGCCGUGGCCGUUUCUUUGGGGCGCCUCAUUUGGACCUGUCUAUAUGUCGGCAUGUACGGUUUUAGAUUUUCUCUCCCACCUUUGGGGUUGGACGGGUUCGCCCCGUAAUCAACAGGCAGGGUCCCACCGCUGGCUUGUACACUCUUAGCGGGGAAGGGGAUUAGGCGUCCAAGAGGGGGCUCUUCUUUCCUCCAACGCGCUGGUUUUCUGUGGGCACCCACCCACCGAGGCCGGUUUUCGGUGGGUCAUUCAUGGUUACCGCCAUGCCAUUGUAGUACGUGUGGCCGGUUGGCUGAAUGGUUUGGAGACAUGGACCUUCUACAGGAGAGAGCGAGUUACUCGGUGGCCCGGGAGCCGUCUAGCUCGAGUUCUGCCCUCGGGCCCCUUUUUGGCGCGAGGCCGGAAGAAGUAUUUUAUUUGCUACGGCGGUUGGUGGCAAUCAGGCUGAGGACGUUACCUACCUCGGCCCGCCCCUGUUCGGUCUAUGGGCGCGAGCAGUCUUCUAUUGGUUCGAGCGAUGCGGGGGAAGCCCCAAGUUGGGACUCCUACAGCCUGGCGGGCCAGCGGCACGGGACACAGACGCGGCUUCUCUUUCGCGCGUCGUUAUAGGUGCUUCGCUUUAAGGAACAUACUCGGCGGGGCUUAUUUGCUUUUGCUUUUCGGCGGUACUGCGAAGGCAUAUAGGAUUCGUAGGAACGGGCCGGCUCUGUGCCCCGGAAUUGCCUGCGCCGGGAACUGGGUUCUUACCCUCGUAGCAGGCAAAGUUUCAGGAAGCGGGACUGGGGUCCGCAGCCCUGUGCCGAUAUUGUCGCGACGGGUUUUACUGUCGGGGGAGGUUUUCGGAGUUGCUGUGACAGGGGCGCUCCAUCUUCUUUUCCUCGCCUAGCUUGUUGGCGAGAUUUCGCAGGAGGGGCUCCGGUAAAGGAUUCCUUUCGAGGCGGGUCGGUUUUUCUUGCGUUCUGAGCACUUGGCGAAGUAUGGCUUUGCGGACGCUUUCUGCCUGCUGUUUCGGCUAGGGCGCGGGCCUCCUUGUUCUCCGGCAGCUGGAGCGUGGUCUUUUUGGGCCUUUGCGCGGCGAUUGGCGGUGGUCGAGGACUCGAAGGUCCGUCGGGCCUCCGGUCCCUCUUGGGGGUGCCCGAAUUCAUCAGGUCAGCGCGCCUCCCUGGGUCCUUCGGGCCGCCGGCGCUGCGGCGUAUGGGGGGGACCUUGAGGCAUCCCUCUAGGCUGUCUCUACGGUGAGGGACCGCGACGCCCUCGCCCCCUCUCCUCUCAACACGCCAUCGGGCGUGUCGGGUGGUUGGUAAAGAUUGAUAGGACGAUAGGAACGGAGCGAAAUUUGAGAACGAGCAGAUGAAAAAGACGGGUAUUGUAAUGCAUCAUCUUUCCUGCUGACGACUGCGCACGUGUUUCGUUAUCUGCAUCUUCUGUGCUGGCAAGAACGUUUUUUUUUUGCCCUGCAUAAGGCAAGCCCAGCAGAAGGAGCAGUACCGGUACAAGCUCCAAGAGCUGUAUUAUCAGAACGACGCCUUGAAAAAAGUGCUGGAACAGAUCAGCUCGUCUGAUAUUAAACAGGGCCUGCACCAGGAAUCAGAAUCUGGUGCUCGUCUUCCACAUGAAACUUCACAAGACGUGGUCGCUGGCGUUGGCGCUGCACAAGAACUACAUGCAGCACCUCCGAGGAGACCAUCCUACAAUUCCAGCGGCUCCAAGUCCUCUGUGCCGCCGGAUAAUGGUCUUCCUGCUGCCGCCGACGCCGGAGCGUUCCUGGCGGGCAGAGGACGACACCGCGGGGAAGAGUACUAUGACGAGCACAACGACCGCGAGGACCACGCCUGGACGACCGGCAGAAAUAAUCAGCACAACAUGUUGACUCAGCAGCCGCUCACUGGUAACAGCAAGGCGACGUCCUCCAGCACGCCUUCAUCUAAUCUUUCGAGGUCUGGAAAGAAAGGUCCGCCGGUUCUUCCUUCUGGCCUGCCACCCGCGCUCCCGCAAUAUAACUUCUACAAUGAUGCUGGUACUAGUAAAGUGGGCGAGGGCAGCAGAGCUGGUUCUUCCAAAACGUCUUUCUCAUCUGCCGGUCGUCCAGGCGGCGAGGAAAGAAAUCAAAAUUAUCAAAACGGCGCCGCAACUGUUGACACUAGUGAUGUUGCUAUCCACCUUCUUGAUCGCUCUGCGGAGCAGGCGGGACGACCAGAGGUCGGGUCAUUUACUGGUGGUGCCGGAAGAUUCCUCCCGCGGCAGAAAGAGGACCAAGACAACGGACCAGUUGUGGACGCAUCUAGUACGUCUUCUACCUUCGACCUGGGGAACAACAGGAAUCCAACCCGUGCUUCGUCGAGCAGAGCAGGUCUUACCUCGUUGCCCGCCCCACCGCCUUUGGGGUCCUCGCUACAUCAUGUGAAUGGACAUGUUGAUGACCAGCAGCAGCAGCAACACGCCUCGACCAUCAGCAUCACGGAUAGCCUCGUUUCGGAGCUGAAACUGAUCGACGAAGAAUAUGGCCGGGUGACCAGAAGAAAUACGCACUGCAAAAGGGAGAGUCGUGUCGAUCGUAUCGUGACUGGCAGUAGUUACACAGCAGCAGCUGCGACAACUGCAGCGCGAAUUCUUUUUCUGGACCAGGAAUCAAUAUGUCACGCGUAGCGUUUAUAUCAGUUCGCCUGAGCAAGCAAGAGGGUUGCACACUUCGGCGGCGGGCUGGCUGCCCGUCGCCGACCAGCUUCGGCUGGGUCUUUGUCCUCUAUCCUGAAUCUUCACCUCGCCUUGGCUUGCCUCGGCUUGGCGUUUUUUCGGCCCUUCGGUUCUCGGAGGGUGGAUAUUUGACGGAGGAGUGUCUCGAUGAGAAAGCGAGGCGUACUUGUACGCCUCAGGCCUUCGCUCUGGUUCUGCUUGGCAGUUCCGCCUUGUCGUUUCCGGCACUGCCAAUCCUUAGCGUGGAUCAAUGCAGUGUGCGGCAGGGAAAGAGCUCCGGUGGUUCCGUUGCCAUUGAGCUGUCCGAGCCAUGGGCAGGUCAGAACAAACGGCGUGCGCUUUGCCGUGUGCACGUAGCUCGGCCCUGCCGAGCGCCGAGGCAUUAUCCUGACAGGGGAUGAUGUCCCGGUGGGAAGGGCUGUUGCGCACAUCUCGCAGUGCAGAGAUGUUGCGUUCUUCAACUAUCUUCCAGGCUAUUCUCCUGCAGUGGUACUUACGCACAUGUCGAUGACACGUUCGCGGUUCUCGCGGGCGCCACUGGUGGGGGAGCGUAGGAAGGAUCGGGCUGGCCACGAUGUGGCAGCGUGGUUCUUCACGCCGUCCAGGGCACAUGUCCGGCGUCAUCUCGGCCUUUGGCUGAGGGCGCUUUCGGCAACACGCAACGGUAAACAGCGCAGCCCUUGCUGCGGCCUGCCGCUCUGCGUGCCGCGGGUGUCUCAUGAUUCUGCUCUCCGAUGUGAGCUGCGACGCAGCAGAGGAGCAGCAGUGGUGGGCCACUCGCCUGUCAGCGGUGAAACCGCGAGAGCGGGGGCACUGCGUUUCACGCUGACAGAAAUCAGAAACGCACGACGCUACUGGCUUCCUAGGGCAUUGCCCGCAAGGCCCUUGGCAAUUGCCAUGGGCCGGGCCCAGUCUAACAUUGGCGUUAGCCGGUAUAAGAUCGCACUACAGUGAUCAUAAGCCGGAGCGAACUACACAGCGCCUCACCAACUACAAACGGCAAGCUACAAACAGGGCUGAUCUUCGACUCUUUUAUUAUGGUUUAUAGUUGUUCUAGUAUAAAAAAAAAAAAACGGCAAGCAACAAACGGCCGCACCACAGGGCACCCCCGCGCCCACCUUUUCGCCCCUGCCGUUCGCAGGGGCGGCCCGAUGGGCUGACAAAUACAAAGACACCCGCGUGCCCGAUGGGUUCGCGAACAACACAGCACAUCAACACAGAUGGCCGGCACCCACACCACAUCGCCCAGCACCCUGGACGCGCAACCCCACAGUCCCGCAGGUGGCGGCGGUCUGUAGACAGUGGGUCGCAUACCGGGGGCGCCGGUUGAUAUAGGUGCUCCUCCGUCCGCGUGUGUGACUUCGAUGAAGCCGCCUGCGGGUGUUGGGGUGGGGUCGUGCGUUCGCGACGUCGUUGUUGCGCCCGUUCGCGGUUCGCGACUUCCUCGUUGCAGCUUUUGCGUUGACGUUUGGUUGUGUCAUCACGACGUGCCCAGACCUCUCGCGCAGGGGUAUCAGGAGUGCUGACUCGGAAGGAGAGCUGAGUUGCGUUGCCUACCGGCAUUGCAACUCCGUCCUUCGCUCCUCGGCGUCGGUCCGCCGGUGUUCAUUGUUAAGGCAGUGAGCACAGUCGAAGGGGUUCAGCGGUUGGUGUGGGGGCGAGGGGUAAUCAGCUGUCCGUCUUCGCGCAGUCUUGAUUGCUUCUUCUCCUGUUUCGGACUUCUCUGUAGUUGUUCGAUUCAUCCAGCGUGCCUGGGAGCGCUUUGCCGAUCUGAUGAAACAAAAUCCUGGAUGCUUCGGGCUGAAGCAUCACGCCGCCGCGCUUUGCGCUGUCUUCGCCUGGUAACAAGCCCGUGGAACUUUCCCGGGCAGACAUUCACUAGACACACCUGGGAGCAAACCCCCACAGCUUCGCCCGGUCCCCUCACUUCGCUGCAGGGAUUACGCGCCGGCACUGUUCCACGAUUUCGCUACCUAGCUCCGCAGCCCCGCGCGCCCGGCUCUCUGUCCCCGACAGCUCCGGGCCGCCCCGGCAUUUAGUCACAUCUGGGGAACGCGUCCGGCGGCCCAUGUCGUGUCCCACGGCUUGGCCCUCCUCUACGUCCGGGACGUGGCUCUGUGGGGUUCGAGAGCCUGGCUUGCGUGGCUUGCUCCCUGUAGCUUGCUGUGCCGGCCGGGUUUUCUGUUUGCUGCCAGUGUGACCGUCGCAGGGCGUCGUGCGAUUCGGUCUGAGGCGCGCUCUGUCUCAACAACACUUGCGCUUCUGUUCAGUUGCGCGCGCCUUCAUCCUAUGGGUGAAUUGCGCAGUGAAGGCGAAGUUAUAUGUCACGCGUAGCGUUUAUAUCAGUUCGCCUUCGCCUGAGAGAGCAAGCAAGAGGGUUGCACACUUCGGCGGCGGGCUGGCUGCCCGUCGCCGACCAGCUUCGGCUGGGUCUUUGUCCUCUAUCCUGAAUCUUCACCUCGCCUUGGCUUGCCUCGGCUUGGCGUUUUUUCUCCCACCCACCCGCCCGUCUUUGACUUGGUUGCAAGGUACCCUGCGGCACCCCCCGCAAGCCACGCGUCCGGCGGCCCAUGUCGUGUCCCACGGCUUGGCCCACCUCUACGUCCGGGACGUGGCUCUGUGGGGUUCGAGAGCCUGGCUUGCGUGGCUUGCUCCCUGUAGCUUGCUGUGCCGGCCGGGUUUUCUGUUUGCUGCCAGUGUGACCGUCGCAGGGCGUCGUGCGAUUCGGUCUGAGGCGCGCUCUGUCUCAACAACACUUGCGCUUCUGUUCAGUUGCGCGCGCCUUCAUCCUAUGGGUGAAUUGCGCAGUGAAGGCGAAGUUAUAUAGAGGCCACAUUGAGUGAAAACAGUGAUUCGUGAUAGGUAAAUGCUGGGCUCCCACUUGUAAAGAAAGGAAGGCUAAUAUCAACAAGGCCUAGGCAUCUCAGUACUUUGCGCACUUCUUGUUUUCCUGCAUCCGCUUGCCCGCACGACUCUGCUUUUGCACGUGAUACGGGAUAGAAACUUACAACAACAUCCGGUCCCGCCGGACGAGCGGCUGGAAACAACAUCGCAAAUAACGGAUACUGGCCCGAAGGGCCUGAGCGCGGACAACAGCGGAAUCGAUGGGGCGGGGAGUCUACUCAACACCAGCGGGGCGGGCAAGAUCAAAUUUUGGCGACCCUUUAGUAGUAGCAAGACGACCACGACACCCACGACAUGAAAAGAACGAGAAGAAAGAUGAACACUUUUCGAAAAAAAAAAACGAUCUUUUUUGUCCUCGACAUGAUCUGUAUUUUUAAAC